GCUUGCCACACUCAUACUUACUCAGAUGCCAAAUAUGCCCUAAAUACUGGAGUAAGAAACACAGUGUGUUUUGACUUACAUCCUGACAUUUCUGUUUGGAAGAUUAUAAAUGGGUUAAUGGUACUGGAAUUGUCAUUGGACUCAGCUUCACACGCUGGUAUAACCGCAAAAUUGAGAGAAUGCUUUAUAAUGCCUUUGAAUAUGACGAAAUCUGACUAUGGCACUUAUCACGUUGUUGUAGGGAACCACAGAAUCGGAAAGACCACAAUAGUCCAGAAGUGUGCUAAGAAAGUUGGAAAAGGGGUCAUUUAUGUUGAUGUCCCCCCUGUAUUAAAUAAAUUUGUUGAAAAUUUUGCAAAUUCUAUUGGAUUUCAUGAGCAUUGUAGCUUUAUUGAAUUAUUUUGGCAGAAGUUUCUAGGAAUUAGCAAUUCUACUCCACAGUUCCCAUUUCUUCGUGUCCUGAAUGCCUUUGAAAGAGAAGUUAAAAAUUACAAGGCAAAUAAUGAUGGCAAACCACCAAUGUUAAUCCUCGACAACAUAAGUGACCGGAUUAAGGAUCUCAAGACAUAUGGUUAUUGGAUAAAAGAAGGCAUGACAUUGAAAGAUAAGAAGGUUCAUAAAAUAGUAUUCUAUUCUAUCGAAAAUAACUUUCAUCAGGCUCAAAUAAUGAAGAGUGAAGUAAAUCAUGCCAUUGGCAAUGUCAUUGUUGAGAAGUUGGUAAAAAAUGAAAAAAUCGAGUAUGAUGAAUUCAUUAAGCUCGUCAACAACAAAGAAAUAGCCGAUAAACUGAUACAAGCCAAUGUUUUUUCAUAUAAUCUGGAAAACAAUUUCAUCACCUUCCAGUCUCGCAUAAAGAAAUUUUUGUGA